GGACCAUUCUUUCUCCUCAUACUCUCACCCCUUUCUGCGUUACCUCCUCUCCGAUCGAGUUCCGCCGGCGACCGGUGGUGACGUCGACGUCGCUUUACCACUCCCUACCUGCUUCCCCUGUCUCCUCUGCGGCGCGCCCGAUCUGAAGCCGUCGUCGCCAUCAUCCUCCGGCCUGGGCAGGUCUUAGCUCCCAAUUAAGUUCCGAUUAAUUCCCUCGAUUUUGAUCUGUUAACAUUCUUUGGCCCGAAGCGGCGUGAAGGAGAUCCCUCUUUUAGGAAUGGGAGAUGUGUAAUCUCGUGACUUUUUUGCUUUCUGUUCGAGGAUUUGUUUUGUUUCGGUUUUUCUCUAAGAUGGACUGGCAAGGGCAGAAGCUCUCAGAAAAUCUGAUGCAGGCGAUGUUAGCCAUCUUUGCAUUUAUUGCCUUUGUCACUGGUUAUAUGAUGAGUUCAUUCCAGAACAUGCUUAUCAUCUAUGCAGCUGGUGUUUUGCUGACUAUGCUGAUCACUGUUCCUAACUGGCCUUUCUUCAAUCGCCAUCAACUGAAUUGGUUGGAUCCUUCACUUGCUGAACUGAACCCGAAGCCAGAUAUUCAAACUUCAAAUACUAAGAAGAGAACCGCCAAGGGAUAUCAGAAGUAGAAAUUAUCGAAGGGACCAAUGUUUUCCUCAUGUUUCCUUCACAUUCAAACAUUAUGGCAGUUCACCUCUUACUUUUCUCUGUUACUUUGGUUGGAAAUAGAAAUACUUGUAGACAUGAUGCACGUAUUUUAUAUGUUUAGCUCAUGAUAGCUGUUUUUAUAUGGUGGAGAUAGAAGUUCCAAUCAUAGUGAGAUCUAUGUUAAUUCUAAUUAAUGGUACAAGAGUUGGAGCCUUGGUUCUGUGGUUUUUUAUU